CUCCAUUUUAGCCCCCCUUCCCCGGCGCAGCAGAGGCGGCGCUCCCCGGCCGAGAGGACGCGGCUGAGGCCGCGCGCUUCCCGUGGAAGGGAGAAUCCGUCCUGCCGGUUGAUCUCCGUCCGCCCCAGGGCCCAGCCCGGGGCUUGGGGCCUUUUGCCGCUCAUCCUUCCCCGGCGCGGUCCAACUCAGCCCCGGGCUCCCCGCUCCAGGGUCUUGGGCCUCUCGGCCGGCCGGGCACCAUGAGGAAGCCCCGGCGGAGAUCCCGGCCCAACCCCGAGGGGCGGCGCUCCCCGUCCCCCUACAGCCUCAAGUGCUCGCCCACCCGCGAGACCCUGACCUACGCCCAGGCCCAGCGGAUCGUGGAGGUGGACAUCGACGGGCGGCUGCACCGCAUCAGCAUCUACGACCCCCUGAAGAUCAUCACGGAGGACGAGCUGACGGCCCAGGAUAUCACGGAGUGCAACAGCAACAAGGAGAACAGCGAGCAGCCCCUCUUCCCCGGCAAGUCCAAGAGAACCCCGGCCAAAGGGAAGAGGAAGGAGCCGGGGGCCAAGCCCGCCCCCGGCCCCUCCGUCCUCCUGCCGCAGCCCAGCUUCCGGGUGGUGGAGUCGGGCAGCCGGGCGGAGGCCCCCCCGCUACCCGCCGCCUACUACCGCUACAUGGAGAAGCCGCCGGAGGACCUGGACGCGGACGUGGAGUACGACAUGGACGAGGAGGACCUGGCCUGGCUGGACAUGGUGAACGAAAAGCGGCGGGGCGACGGGCACGGCACGGUCUCGGCGGACACCUUCGAGCUGCUGGUGGACCGGCUGGAGAAGGAGUCCUACCUGGAGAGCCGCAACAGCGGGGCCCAGCAGGCGCUCAUCGACGAGGACGCCUUCUGCUGCGUCUGCCUGGACGACGAGUGCCACAACAGCAACGUCAUCCUCUUCUGUGACAUCUGCAACCUGGCCGUGCACCAGGAGUGCUACGGGGUCCCCUACAUCCCCGAGGGCCAGUGGCUGUGCCGCUGCUGCCUGCAGUCGCCCUCCCGCCCCGUGGACUGCGUCCUCUGCCCCAACGAGGGCGGGGCCUUCAAGCAGACCAGCGACGGGCGCUGGGCCCACGUGGUCUGCGCCAUCUGGAUCCCGGAGGUCUGCUUCGCCAACACCGUGUUCCUGGAGCCCGUCGAGGGCAUCGACAACAUCCCGCCCGCCCGCUGGAAGCUCACCUGUUACAUCUGCAAGCAGAAGGGCCUGGGGGCGGCCAUUCAGUGCCACAAGGUGAACUGCUACACCGCCUUCCACGUGACGUGCGCGCAGCGGGCCGGCCUCUUCAUGAAGAUCGAGCCCAUGCGGGAGACCAGCCUCAACGGGACCACCUUUACCGUCCGCAAAACCGCCUACUGCGAGGCCCACUCUCCGCCCGGCACCGUCAGGAGGGGCCGGCGGGCCGGGGAGGCGGAGGAGGAGGCGGAGGACGGGGAGGAGGAGGAGGAGGAGGAGGAGGAGGAGGAGGACCGGGCCAAGGAAGCCGGGGAGGAGGCGGAAGAGGACGUGGAGAAGAAAGAGGAGCGGGGCGGGGCGGGCGGCACCCCGAAGAAGGGCAGGAUGAGGCUGAAGCGGAAGAUCAAGAAGGAGCCGGGGGAGCCGGCCGCCGACGCGCGCUCGUCCGUGCCGCUGGUGACGGUCACCCAGAUCCCCUCGUCCAGGCUGAACAAGAUCUGCAGCAGCCUCUCCCUGCAGAGAAAGAAUCAGUUCAUGCAGCGCCUGCACAGCUACUGGCUGCUGAAGCGACAGGCGAGGAAUGGCGUCCCCCUCCUCCGGCGCCUCCACUCCCACCUGCAGUCCCAGAGGAACGCCGAGCAGAAAGAGCAGGAUGAAAAGACCAGCGCGGUGAAGGAGGAACUCAAGUACUGGCAGAAGCUCCGGCACGAUCUGGAGAGGGCCCGCCUGCUCAUCGAGCUGAUCCGCAAGAGGGAGAAGCUCAAACGGGAACAGGUCAAGGUCCAGCAAGCAGCGAUGGAGCUGGAGCUGACCCCCUUCAACGUCUUGCUGCGCACGACCCUUGACCUGCUGCAGGAGAAGGAUCCGGCCCAGAUCUUUGCCGAACCGGUCAACCUGAGCGAGGUUCCAGAUUACCUGGAAUUCAUAUCCAAGCCAAUGGAUUUUUCCACCAUGAGGCGGAAGCUGGAGUCCCACCUGUACCGCACCCUGGAGGAGUUUGAGGAGGACUUUAACCUUCUAGUUACCAACUGCAUGAAGUAUAAUGCUAAAGACACAAUUUUCCACCGAGCAGCUGUCCGCCUGAGGGACCUGGGAGGGGCCGUCCUGCGCCACACCCGGCGGCAGGCCGAGACCAUCGGCUACGACCCCGAGGUGGGAACCCACCUACCCGAGUCGCCCCAAACGGAGGACUUUUACCGCUUCUCCUGGGAGGACGUGGACAACAUCCUGGUCGCGGAGAACCGGGCUCACCUGUCGCUGGAGGUGCAGCUGAAGGAGCUGCUGGAGAAGCUGGACAUGGUGAGCACGAUGAGGUCCAGCGGGGCCCGGACCCGCCGCGUCCGCCUGCUGCGGCGCGAGAUCAACGCCCUGCGGCAGAAGCUGGCCCAGCAGCAGCAGAGCAAGGCGCUGUCCAACGGGGAACUGUCCCCGGCCCUGCGCGAAGACGGCCCGGACAAGGGCCUGCGGCCGGAGCAGGAGGACGACGGGGACAGAGCAGAUGACGCCAAGCUCCCGCACCCCCCGACCCUGGAGCCCACGGGACCUGUGCCCACCCUGUCUGAGCUGGACUCCCUCCAGGACCCCCCAACCCUGAAACCCGUCAGCGAGGGUAAAGGCCCGAGCCGGCCGGCGAAGCGCGGGAAGACAGACGGUGAGCUUGCCACCAAGCCGCCACCGCCCCUUCCUCCUCCCCGUCCUCCGCCGCGUGGGAGCCAGCCCUUUCAGCGCCUGCUCGGGGACCGGGGACUGAACGGACUGUCCGUGCCGGCCCCCGACGCCCCCGCCGGUCCCCCGCUCAGCGGGGUGGGCCGCCGCACUUCAGUCCUCUUCAAGAAGGCCAAGAACGGGGUCAAGCUGCCGAGGAGCCCCGAUGGAGGCCUGGAGAACGGAGAGGAUCACAGCCCGCCCGGCCUGCCCGUCUCCCCCGCCCCCGGCGUGGAGGCUGAGCGUCGGUCCCGGAAACGGCCCCGGAGCAGGAGCGGCAGCGAGAGUGAUGGGGAGAAGUCCCCCCGCCGAGCCCGCCACACAGGAGUGACCAACGGCUUUGGAAAGCACACAGAAAGUGGGUCCGACUCGGAGUGCAGUUCCGGCCUCAGCAGCGGCCCGGCGCUUGAAACCUGCGGUAACCCGGUGCCCCCGAAGCGCAGCCGGGGGAAGCCGGCCCUCUCUCGAGUCCCAUUCCUGGAGGGGGUGAAUGGAGACUCCGACUUCGGAAGCUCAGGUAGAAGCCUCCUGAUGCCUUUUGAGGACCUCGCCGAACUAGAACCUCUGGAGCUGGUGUGGGCCAAGUGCCGCGGCUACCCCUCCUACCCUGCCCUGAUCAUUGACCCCAAGAUGCCCCGUGAAGGCCUCCUGCACAACGGCGUCCCCAUCCCCGUGCCCCCCCUGGACGUGCUGAAGCUGGGCGAGCAGAGGCAGGCCGAGGCGGGAGAGAAGCUCUUCCUCGUCCUGUUCUUCGACAACAAGAGGACGUGGCAGUGGCUGCCCCGAGACAAGGUGCUCCCGCUGGGCGUGGACGACACGGCGGACAAGCUGAAGAUGAUGGAGGGCCGCAAGACCAGCAUCCGCAAGUCCGUGCAGGUGGCCUACGACCGCGCCAUGAUCCACCUGAGCCGGGUCCGCGGGGACCACCCUUUCGUCACCUCCAACUACCUGUAGCCCCUUCCCCUGCCCGACCGUAGAGCCAGCGGGACGCCCCGCCAGGAGCGGACCCCCCCACAACCCGCCGCCAGCCCCCAAGGUGCCAAAAGCCGCCCGGCGUCUCUCCCAGAGUGGGUCGGGGAGGAGCCGGGGAGAGCGGAGGGUCCGGGGGCGGGGGGGCUGGACCUCGGUCGGGGUAGGGGGCCCCUCCCCACCCCAACGCCUGACCGCCGGCCACCUGCCAGGGCUCCUAGGGGCCCAUAGGCAGCCCUCCCUGCCUCCUCCUUGCCCAGCUGGGGCACGUGGGCAGCUGCCCUCUCCCCUCUCUGCCCCUUCCGUGCUCCAUCUCUCUCGCUCUUGUGCCAAAUUUAUAGAAACCACCAUCGCUGCCCCCCCCCGCCCCCCAUUUGCUGUAAACCUGGGGUGGUGCAGAAGGGGUGGAGGCCUCUGCUGUAGCCUUGGUGGGUACACCGCCCCUUCCUCCUCUUCCUCCUCCUCCUCCUUCGUACCCGCUAACAGUCAGGGUCUUGCAGCCUCGUGUCGUUGCUUUGGACCCGAUGCCUGGAUGGGGAUUCGGACGGGCCCCCUGGGUGUGGGUGGCCAGCGGACGACCCCAUCCCAGUUGCCACUGGCAGAGGGUCCAGAGGGUUUGGCUCCCGUUCUUCUCCCACGUCCCACCCUGCUGACUUCGGGGGGAGCGAGCCCGGGGCUCCUCCUCCUCCUCACCCCCACCAUGCCCAGCCUAACCAGCUCGGACCUACUGGUGCCAGAGGUGGGAAAACCAUCCCAGGAUCGCUCCCUCUUUGCCCCUGGAGUGACCCCGUAUCCCAUCCCCGCCGGCAGCCGUCCGUCCAUCCCUCGAUUCCGUCCCUCCAGCCGCAGGGCCCCUUUGCACCAAAGCCGCAGAGCGCCUGACGAUCACCACGACGCUUUUUAACUCUCCCUUUCUUUUUAAUUGCUUUAAACCUUUCACGGGGACGAUGAAGGGGAGAAUUUUCUUUUCCCCCCCCCCCGCGCCCUGGGAAAACUACUGCCAUUUUUACUUCGUUGACUUUUAAAAAAAACCCAGCAAAAACGAAACAAAAAACAAACCACCGAGCAGGACGUGAGCCAGAGUUUAAGGAGAAAACAAACCUGUAGCAUAAGGACGUUUGGGGAUUUUGUAUUUAAAAAUAGAAAAGUAAAAAAAAAAGGUUGGGCACGGGGCUAGGGAAGGACAGACGUGCUGUACAUAGUUGUAAAAUACCGUUUUAAAUUAUUCAGGUCUCUUGUCCCGUCUUGACGUCCUCCAUUGUGGGUCUGGGUGUUUUGUACGCACACGACGCCGUUUAGCGGACAGAGCUGCCCCGCUGCUCGGGGGGCAGCUUUAGCCGGGGACCGCGUGGCCUCUGCCUAACCUGUGUUUAAAGAGCUGGGUUCAAAG